AUGUAUGUGAAAUGGUUUGAUACAGUAAUAUUUUACUAUGUUAUUUUAGUGAAUUUAGUGAAUGUCACUUUUUGUCAUUUUCAAAUUUUCCGCCAGUUCCGUCCCCAUACGUUCUGACGUCGCAGGGGACAGAACCCAGAAGACAGAUGCUGGUAUCCGCCAGAGGACAUUACAGGGAACACUGCAAGAGGGACAUCGCGGGAGGACAAAGUAAGAGAAGAAGAGAUCCCGCAUGGUAAGCCCGAGUGUAGCACGGGGUUAUCGCUUGUGCUACACUCGGGAAUACCGCCAGGGAGGCUAC